AUGGAAACUUGUACAUCCUUGCUUAUGGAUCCGUCAUGUGUUACUGAAUCCCAACUGCCGUUUAGGACGACGGACAAGGUGGUUGCUAUGAAGGUUGCUGUGAAUGAACAACAAGAAGUCAGGAUAGCCAACGAGAUUGCGGAGAUGAUCGCUAAACCUAUAUAUGGUGACACGAGUGUGGACGACGUUUGGAACAAGUUAGAACCGGAGGAGCCACCGAACAUCCCUCUAAGUGGGGCGGAACAUGUGCCAAUACACCUGCCGCCAGGAGCGAGAGUUAAAGGGAAUAAAAUCUUGGUGUAUAUCAGUUCGGCAGUACCCUAUGUGAAUGAGAUGCGAGCGACAAAGAGUCAAACUCGAUGUCUGCUGGAAUUCUUCAACGGGACGACACAGAGUCUAAUCCCGGAAGACAUCGUCACAAGUAUGGGGCAUAACUCACCUAUCCUUCGAUGUUCAAUCAUCGUUGAUCAUCACCACUUUAACUCCCCUCUUUCUCCAACACUUCUCCCGUUCCGUCUCGCCCUUCCAACACUUCUCCACGUUCCCUUUCGUCCUGACGCUUCUUCACGUUCCCUUUCGUCCCGACGCUUCUUCACAUUCCCUCUCGACCUUUCUUCACCGUCGCGGGAUAUCCUCUCAAACAUUGAAGCCAGCCACAGCUCCACCUGGCAGGUGUUGUACUCGACAAAAAUCAUAGACAGAAGCAGCACGUGUGUCAGCACGCUCACCACUCGUUCUUCUCGUUCUUUGGCACCCACUCCUCAAUCACCCACCUUCUCUCGUGCUAGGACAAUCUUUCACCGUCCCAUUCAGCCUCCCGCUGGUCCUACGUUGAGACAUCGCGCAUCUAACAUCAAUACAGAAUAUUCCCAAGACUCGCCGUGCCGUCUCCUUCACUCUCGUCAGAUCAAUGCGGCCCUUCAGUCUGAGCUAGUGCCGUCUCCUUCACUCUCGUCAGACCAACGCGGCCCUUUAGUCCGAGUCACAUUUUGGCCCGAAAAUUUCAUGUUGGACCUUGAGUUGUAUGCGCUUCAUGCACUGGAAAUCAGUAAUAUGGGCAGGUGGGAAAAUCCUUUCUCGGAUGCUAGCGCGAAGAUCGCUUUCCACUAUACUCCCCUGAACCCAGUAUUCAACUCGUCUGUAACCUUUACAGAAAAAUGCAUCCAUUCGGAAGAUCUCAAGCCCACAGAUAAUCACGUCCAUUCGGAAGAUCUCAACCCACCUCCUGGCCGGGCCACGCAACCUCGCACCAAGCGGUUGGAGUUUCUGGCUGCCCUUGACAAUGACCUCAUCUCGCUAUAUUACAUUGCCCUUACCCUGACGCCCAAACAUGCCACAACGCAAUGGAAAAUCCCUUUGGAGGUAAUGCUUCCACCAAGCGCGACAGAUGCUGAUACCGGCGGUAACGUCAUUGGCAAGUCCGCACCCACUCAGGCGACAGGUACUCCUACCCGUAGCCGGGCCAGGAAGAUCGCUGUUCCUGUAGUCAACACCACCAUCAACGACCCACCUACCCCGGCACCUUCCCGCCCCAGUUGGGCCAAAAAAAACAAUUCCAAGGCCGUUAAGAAAAUUCCGCCUAGUGAAUCUGACCCCAAUUUGUCCGUGCCAAUGGUGGACAUCAACAUCGCUGUUCCUGUAGUCAACACCACCAUCAACGACCCACCUACUCCAGCUCCUUCCCGCCCCAGUCAGGCCAAAAAAAACAAUUCCAAGGCCGUUAAGAAAAUUCCGCCUAGUGAAUCUAACCCCAAUUUGUCCGCGCCAAUGGUGGACAUCAACAGGAUCAUUGUCUUGGAGGAUGGCAACGAGCCCCUUGUCAACGCUGAACCCAGUCAGUCUCUGGGACGUUCCAGGGAUGCGGCGCUAGGACCUACUCAGCACAAUUACCCCAGACAAACGGCGGCGCCAAAGGCCAACAUUAACCAAAUGAUGGACUUGGAGGCCAGUAACUCCAACCUUGGCGUGGGUGAGAAGGUUGUGGCAUCUGAGACAGAGGCCAACUCGGCUAUGGUCAAGCUCACCCAGACGAAGUCAUACCACACGUACGGCCUCAAGCAAAUGGUCCUUAAUGUGGCUGAUCCGGACGCCACGCCCACUCAGGACCUUAUAUCGCGUGGCAAUCGAGUCAUUGAUAAUUUGGCCGUCGCGGCGGAAGACUUGUUUUAUAACAGAGACCCAAAAAAACGGCUUUCAGACUUCGAGAACUCCCCACCUGCACAUCAUGCAGACAGUGCGGGGGGCAGGGGAUUGUCUGGGUCAAUUGGCUUUGGCCUGCCAUUGUCUGUCCAGGCCACGUUGAUUGCUGCAUCUGCCAGAGUUUCCCCACCAGCAGAGGGCUCGUUUUCAAUCAAAUCAACUCUCAUUCCAACAAAUGAUUCGUCUGGGGUUCUUCCCUCUUCACCCAUCUCUGGCCCCACUCAGGCUGUGUCUCGUUCGCAUGGUCUCUACACGUUACGCCACAGGCCAGACGUACCUUCACUUACUCUCAUUAAUCCUACACUGCGCUAUCACGAACCCAAGACUCCUGAUCCUGCUUCCAGCGAUGAAGAUUUCGAUUCCACGAUGCCGGAGGAUGAUAGGCUCCCCCUCCCUCUGGCGUCUUCCCUUCCGCAUCCAGUAACCGUAUACUUCUGCCGUAUUGGCAGAGUCAUGGGGGGAAGGGGUUACAUUGGACAUCGUUCGAGAAUUUGGAAGGCCACUGAUGCUCACCCUGCCCAUCAGUAUACCCGGUUCACUUCCUGGUUCAAUCGGGUGACUCAACGAUGGGAGUCUCUCCCCAAAGGCUACACCACAGAUCCCCCUCCUGCGUCGAACCGUCUUGGGGAGGUGGAGGAAUGGUGGGAGGAAGCAACGAGAGUUGCCAGGCGUCGGGCCAAACGCUUAGCGGAAGGGAGUGUAGGGUGUAGCGAAGACGACGAAGCAGAGUCCGGCGAGAGUGCAGAUUCAGGCGACGGACCAGAGUCAGGCGUCGGAGCAGAGCCAGGCGACGGAGAGGAAGCAGAGUCAGGGAACGAAACUAAGCCAGAGCACGAAGCUGAGGCAGGUCACGAAGCAGAACGCCGCCAGGAGGCAGAGUCAACCCGACACAGAGGCCAGCCUGCCCACAUCAUCCAUGCCAAACAACACCCUCAGGUGCAGUGCAUACCGGACGACGAACCUGAUGCGGAGGGCAACUCGCAGCUGGAGGAUGGAGGUCACGGUUAUAUAGAGUCUUCGUUGACACCAAGUGACUACAGCCAGUCCAGGAAGGCUGAAAAGCUUCAGCUUGACCAUGCUCGAAAGAAUCGGGGACUUGACUACGACGUAAUGGAUACUGAGGAGGAGGAGGCCGACGACGAGAUGAUAAUGGAGGAAGUAGAUGAGCAGGAUCGGCGUCGUCGAAGCAAGGGGAAAAACCCAUUGAAGAAGCUUUCGCCAGAGACAAACAGUCACAUUCGGCGUCGUUUGGUGAAGGGCAAACGACCUGCAUCAAGACCUUCAGGAGACAAUAACGAGACACGCGACGAAGGAGAGGAGUUCACGCAGACUUUACGUCGUCUGGUGAAGAGUAAGCCACCUCCAUGGAUGCCUUCAGGAGACGAUGAGGGAUCAGGUGUGGAGGGUGCAAGCCAAAGUCCUCAUGCACGCCCUGUCGCUAGCGCAAAGGCACUGGGAAAGAAACGUUCAAAUCCUGCGCCAAAGGCUAAGCGUGGCCCUUUCUCAGUUCGUGAAAUGGAUCAAGUCAAGGAGCUUGCAGACACCAUCGUGGAAUACUGCAAGAACAUGGGCCGUACACCCGAGUCUGUCCUACGCAAAGGGGGCUUCAAUAUCUCCCUUUCUCAUGAGCCGUCCUGGUGGGACGUAUGGCAAAUGUACUUGCGUCACCAGAGUUACAAUCCCGAACAAAUCUCAGCUGCCGGUCAUCCGUGGCCUACCCAGGCCUCGGAGAUGUACAAGAUCCUUACGGAGAACCUUUCAGAGGACGAGCUGGAGGACUAUCGGCAGAAUAUGCUCGUAGAGUUGGCAGAGUCCAAGGCGGAGGUUGAGCAGCAGGAGUUCAAGAUGACGAAGUCGGCUCUGAAGCAAGUUCAAGACUUGGCAACGGCGUUGGGAAGGGCGGACUUGGACAUGAUCGGGGUAAUCAUUCCUCGUGAUCCUGUGGCCAACCAGGCUGCUACCGUCGUCACAGGCAAUCCUUUGCUGCAACGCGUCAUCGAGCACAGUCAAGCGGACAUCAAGAAGUUACUUCAUCAUUUGACAACGCUCCUUCGGGGGAUGGCCUCUAAUUUUAUUGUACCGGAAACCGUGGACAUCUCGCAAUUGCUUGGUGUUGAUGUGGCGAACUUGGACGCAAACGUAGAAGGCUCAAGUGCAGUGCCGCAGCCGCCCCCCAUGGAACCCAGGGAGCACACGAAGGCUUCAAAAAGUCUGGCCAAAAAAUCCAAGUCUUCGAAAGCGGAUUGUGCAGGUCCUGCAAUAGCUUCGGCGUCGGCUUUGUGGGCCAACUUCUUCACCCACUGCCGUGACGCUCAAAUGAUUCUCGAACGUUGGCCUUGCAAUGAACCCAUCCCCGGAGCAAAGGGAUGGUCAAUAACCGACAUCAGUUCAAAUGGGAUUAAUAUGAUAUUCACGUACAUGAUUAGCAAGGACGAGACGAAGGAGCUUGCUCCUCAGAUUGUCUCCUGGUCUGAUGAUUACAUGGACUUGGCAGAGGGGAGUGAGGAUUGGCUGGACAUACCCAUCGUUACUGGCAAAUCCGAAUCAGGGGCGCUCGUUGUCCUCGCCCGUGUCAGAAACUGCUUGCCGGAGGUUGAGAAUGCGGCUCGACAAAACGAUGGAGGUGCUGACUGCCCUCCACUACUCCGUGCCAGAGCUCGUAGCCAGAUGAUCGAGGUCAACACCUUGAAGGUAGUUAAAAAGAAGAAGACAGCGACAACCUCCACACAAGUUGGCAGGCAGAAGCGCAAGUUACGUGAGGACGCCAAGCCUUCAGGAGCUGGUGUCCAGGUCAAAAAACCACGGUCAUCUGAUGAGGAUACUCAGGCCAGCAACUCUCACGCUCCCGUUAUCUCCCCCAUUCACUCUCCUCCUGCCAAACAUGUCUGUCGCCAGGAGAUGCCAGACCAAGAGGCUGAUUUGGGUUCACAGCCAGUGCGCAAUAACCAAGGUGGACCCAGAGACGGCGGUUGGGAGAGUCAAGAAGGGCAGCAUCCCCGUAGCACGACCCAGGGCUCAGGAAAUGAGUGCGGGUUGGACGAAGGACUCAAUUCCCGUGGGAUGUCCCAGCAGCGGCAUAUUCAUGACAAUGCUGGGUCAAAACGUCCAAGUGGCUCUCGCCUGAGAGGUGUCAUUCCAUGGAAUGACGCCGACGUUCGCAAUCACAAUGACUACAACGUGGAUGUCAACAUGUAUGACAAAGAUGGGCACGAUGCUUUCAUGGAUGAGUAUCAGGCGACUAGUGACCGCCUCCACUUCGUCACCAUUGCCACCACCAACCACCACCAACCACCACCUCCCGCAAUCAUCAUUCAAACGUUCAACGUUCAACGUUCAACUGUCGCCAACCACCAUAACGACAACUCGGCAACGCCACGUCAUCAGCCUAACGAGCGAACGACGACGGACUUGCACGCCAACGGACAUUCUAGACGAUUUGGCAUGUCAACCGUUGACGUGCCACGUCGUCCAGACGGCGUCAUUGUCACUGUUUCAAAUCAGAAAAAGGGUGACGUCGCCGUCAGCGCCUACAACAUGGCACGUUCGUUGACGUCGAUCCAGUCGCAUACGCUGACCGAUUUGUACACUAAAAUACAUAAUAUUGUUGUUACAUGGCCCUACAAAGACCGGUUUAGACCAGUCCCAAACCGGUUAAGACCAGAACUGGUUAAAACCGGUCUUGUAACCGCAAAAGACCGCAAAAGACCGGUCUGUUGUGGUUCGGUCUGGUUUUUUGAAGUUUCUCCAAUUGGGAGGACCGGUUACGGUUACGGUCUAAGGCACUGGGCACCAAAAGACCGGACCGGACCGGACUUUCAAACACUAACCAUCACCGACCUCCACCCCAGUUCUCGAAUUUCCAAUAUUAUGGCCACCAUCCACGACAGUAUGCACCAUCUGACUUUGGUGGAAGAGGCUGUGGUGUCCGCCCCCAAUAUCGAGGACAUGGUCGUCCGUAUGACUCUCAUGGCUACUAUGGCCGAGGAAACAAAGGAUUCACUGGGUUUGGCACUCGCGGGGUUGGACGGGGGCAUUCAGAGGCUGGCGAUGGAGAGCGACUCGCAGAGGGUGGGGUGCUACGUCGACGACUUCCUAGUGAGGGCCGGGGUUUCUGAAACGUCUUCAAUGGAGGAGGAGAAUUGA